AUGGCUGAGCCUAACAAGUUAAUCUCGCCUUCACCACCUAGCGAAGAGCCGGGUACUCUGCUUGUGGAAACCGAACGUCUUAUCGUACGACGAUACCAUCUCUCAGAUGCACAUGUACUAGCGAGUGCGGCCAACAAUAAAGCCAUUGCUGCCAACUUACGCAACACAUUCCCAUCACCGUAUACUCUCGAAAAUGCUCAGAACUUUCUUGUCAACAUGGCCUGCAAGCCUGACGGAACAUCUUAUCCGUACCACAACGGCAUCUUUCUCAAACCCAACACAGCCGAAAACCCAUCGACGGAGCCCCUCUUCAUCGGCGCUAUAGGCGCAAUGCCCAAAAACGAUAUGUACUUCCGUACGUGGGAGAUAGGCUACUGGCUGGCUGAGCCGGCUUGGGGCAAAGGCUAUAUGCCAGAGGCUGCAAAGGCAUUCAUACGGUGGUGCUUUCAGACGUGGCCCGACUUGAACAGAAUUGAGGCAGUGGUCAAAAGCUCAAAUGCUGCGGGUCUGACUACAGUCAAAAAGUUGGGUUUCACAUAUGAAGGCACAAGAAGAGGUGCAAUUUUCAAGAACGGUGAGAUCCUGGAUGAAGUCCAGUUUGGAUUUCUGAGAAGCGACUUGUAA